AUGUCCUCACUUUGCCACCGGGGAAAUGCCAUCUUCUCAUCAUGUGCUUUACUCCUUCGUGGGCUCUACAACCUGUACCUCCAUCCGCUGCGAGGGUAUCCCGGUCCAGCCAUCUGGGCAGCCAGUCGUCUUCCCUGGUGUUGGUACCAAUUCAACGGGACUCUGAAUCAGAGGCUUCUUUCCUUGCAUCGCAAACAUGGCCAGACUGUCCGAGUCGCCCCGAAUGAACUCUCGUUCACGACUGCCGCUGCCUGGAAGACUAUAUACGGUCCACGCUCUGAUGAAAUGUCCAAGGACCCUGUAUUCUCCCUGCUCACUCCUACCGGUGUGCCGAAUAUUCUGACAGCUGAUCGAGCGACCCAUACCAGACACAGGCGCCUUUUCUCCCACGCAUUCUCCGAGAAAGCCCUUCGCGAGCAGAACGACAUCAUCGAAUACUAUUUAAAUCGAUUGAUGACGCAGUUCUCCAAUCUCGCAGAUGCAGGACCCAUCAAUCUUUCCCCAUGGUUCACCUAUUUUGCAUACGACGUGAUCCGGGACCUCUCCUUCGGGGAACCCUGCAGUUGCACGGCAACCGGAAUUCCAGACGCAUUCGUCUCCUCGCUCCCCGCUAUAUCCAAAGAACUCAUCCUACUCCAAAUGCUCAAAUACUACAACCUCACAUGGCUGCGUCGUCUAUUCAUACCGCGAUCCGUCUCCGGUGCGCGCGCCCGUAACAUCACCCAAGUAGUAGACACCGUUACCAGACGCAUCGAGCGGCGCACAGACCGCAAGGAUUUCCUGCAUUAUAUCCUAGCAGCCAUGCAGAGUGAUAAAGGCAUGACUCUCGACGAGAUCAACGUCAAUGCGUUCUCGUUCAGCAUCGCUGGCUCAGAGGCGACAGCUACCGCGGUCGCAGCGUUCGUGUUUUACAUUUGUACUCAUCCCCGGGUGUAUCGGAUACUUGUCGCGGAGAUCCGUAGCAACUUUGCGGAUGAGGCACAGAUUGGGAUGGAGACUGUUAAUGACCUGACGUAUUUGAAUGCCGUUCUCACGGAAGUCCUGCGUAUUCAUCCCCCCGUCGCGAUUACCCUUCCUCGUGUGGUUCCUGGUGCGGGCGCCUUCAUUGACGGCCACUUCGUUCCGCCCGGUACUUCCGUCGGUAUCAAUCAUUUAUCAGCAUAUCGUGAUUCUUGCAACUUCUAUCGUCCGGAUGGCUUUGUCCCUGGGCGAUGGUUGCCUGAUAGGCCGGUUGAGUUUGAGACAGACCGUCGGGACGCUUUUCAGCCGUUCUCGUUCGGGCCGAGGAAUUGUCUCGGGAGAAAUCUGGCGUGGGCGGAGAUGCGCAUGGUUGCUGUGCGGUUGUUGUUUCGGUUUGAUUUGUCCCUGGUGGGUUGUCAGCGGUGGGAUGAGCAGAUGAUUUGGGGGUUUUGGGUGAAGAUGCCUUUGUGGGUGGAGUUGUCUAGGGUUUCUGGCGGAGUGGAGUGA